AUGAAUUUUUGGCAAUUCGUUUUGUGGAUAUGUCUCUCUGCAAUUAGUGUUACUCAUGGCUUAUCGAUUGAAAGAAGUUCAUAUUUAGCAUAUCAAGAAAAUGAUAUUCAUCCACGUAUUGCACGUCAAGCAGGUGGAACAGCAACUCUCGCGUGCAUGUGCCCUUGUGCUUGCACAACAACGUCGACAACAACAACUACAACAACCACAUCAUCAACUACAACUUCAACUUCAACAUCGACAACAACUACUAGCACGUCUACAAGCAGUACUUCAACAAGUACUAGCAGCACAUCAACAACAACAAGUGCAACAACCAGUACGACUAGUACAACCUCCACAACCACGACAGCAACAACCAGCACUACAAGUACAACGUCUACAACUACAACAGCAACAACUAGUACUACUAGCACAAGCUCGACAAGUACAACAGUAACAACUAGUACUACGACUACAUCCUUAACAACAACAACAACAACUAGUUUUACAACAAGUACAACCAGUAGCACUAGUACAACUUCCACAGCGACGACCACUACCACGAGUACAACUUCCACGACUACAACAGCUACAACCAGUACUACAAGUACGACAGCGUCUACUAGCACAACCUCCACUAGUACAACGGUGACAACCAGCAGUACAAGCUCGACCUCGACAACUACGACAGCGACAACUACCACUACUAGUACAUCUUCGACAACUACAACGGCAACAACAAGCACUACCAGUACAACGUCAACAAGUACGACUGAAACUACCAGUACUACUAGUACAACGUCUACUAGUACGACGUCGACAACGAGCACUACAAGUACAAGCACAACCACGACAACGACAGCCAGUACUACUAGUACAACUACUACAAUUACCACAGCAACAACUAGCUCUACAAGUACAACAUCGACAACUACAACAAUAACAACUAGUACAACUUCGACAACUACGACAGGAACAACAAGCACCACGAGUACAACGUCAACAACUACGACAGCAACAACUAGUACUACUAGUACAACUUCGACGGUAACAACAAGUACCACAAGCACAACUUCAACCACUACAACAGUGACAACUAGUACAACAGGAACGACAAGCACUAGUAGUACAACCUCAACAACUACGACGGCAACAACAAGUACUACAAGCACUACUUCAACCACUACAACAGUGACAAGUAGUACAACAGCAACAACAAGCACUACGAGUACAACCUCGACAACUACAACAGCAACAACUAGUACUACGACUACAACGUCGACAACAACGUCGACAACAACAACAACAACAACUAGCUUAACAACAAGUACAACCAGUACCACUAGUACGACUUCGACAGGAACAACAAGCACUACAAGUACAACCUCCACAACUACAAUGGCCACAACAAGCACUACAAGUACAACCUCCACGACUACAACAGCAACAACUAGUACUACAAGUACAAGUACUACAAGCACAACAGCAACAACUAGUAUUACAACUACAACAACCACAAGUACAACCUCAACAACAACAACAACUAGCGGAACAACAAGUACUACAACCACAACCUCUACGACUACAACAGUGACAACCAGUGCUACUAGUACAACUUCCACAACUACAACAGCAACAACAAGUACUACAAGCAUAACCUCAACAACAACUAGUCAGACAACAAGCACUACAAGUACAACCUCUACCAGUACAACGGCGACAGUAAGCACUACAAGUACGACGUCAACAACUACGACAGUAACAACCAGCACUACUAGUACGACUUCCACUAGUACUACAGCGACAACAAGUACUACAAGCACGUCGGCUACAACCAGUACUACUAGUACAAGUUCGACAAGUACUACAACAACAACUAGUACCACCAGUACAAUUUCGACAACGACGACAGCAACUACCAGUACGUCAAGUACGAGUAGUACCACAAGUAGUACUUCUACGAGUACUAGUAGUACAUCAACUACAACGAGUGUUACAACAACUUCAACGUCCACAACAACAACCGCAACAACAAGUACAAGUUCAACUUCAAGUACUUCUACAAGUACUACGUCAACUACUACUUCAACUAGUAGUACUUCCACAAGUAGUACUUCAACGUCGACUACUUCAAGCUCAACAUCAACAUCAACAACUUCUACUUCUACUACUACAUCAACGACUACAACAACAACAACAACAUCAACUACAACGACAACUUGUUUGCCAGUAUGUUUGUAUUGGGAUUGUUGGAUAAAUACAACAGCAACAUUCCCUUAUGUAUCAACAACUAUAAAUACAAAUACUACUACGCAAACCAGAACCACAACAAUAACAACAACAACAACAACAGACUCAUCAGAUGAAAUUGAAAAGUUAUCAUUAACAAAUUCUAUUAAAGACCUUCAAGCUGAAAAUUUUCGUUUGAAAUUAGGUUUAGGCUUAGGUUUAGGAGUUGGUGUAUUAACAACAGGCUCAGCGGCUGCUGGUAGUUUCAUUUAUUUUGCACGACGAUUCAGUAGAAAUAAAUCUUCAUCUUCAAGUCAACAUGGUGUAUGGUAUUAUAAUAAUGGAGAUUCUUCUGAUGUAUCUUGGAUUCCAUUUUCCGAUAUUGAUAAUGAAAUUAUUGAAGAUGGAUUUUGUAAAAAUGAAAAAAGAUUAGAACUUGAUGAUUAUUAUAUUGAUCUUGAUAAAUCUAUUCUAAUUGAUAAACAAAAUUCAUCGAUUCAAAAAUCAAUUAAACGAUAUAUUCGUCAAUCUCAUGAAACAUCUUUACGUUCCGAACGAUUCUAUACAACUCAAAAACUUGUUAAAUCAUGUAGUAAUAAUGAUUUAAAUGAUCGUCGUUUUAUAAAUGAAUGGAAGAGACGAUAUACAAAAAUGUCAAUCGAUGAUAAAUUAGAACAAGCAGCAAAUGGUAUUAUAAGCGAAGGUAUGCAACUUGGAAAACAAAUUGAAGCUGAAUGGAUAGCACAACAAUUACGUUCUGUAAAAAGUAAAUCAAAUGUAGAAAUGGAAAAAUGUAUUAUUUUACUUUAUACUCAUGAAAGUUUUCUUUAUCGAUUAAUAAAUACAACACUUCGUGAAAAUGAUCAAUCAAAAAUCGAUAAUCUUGGUGCAUUUGCUGAACUUCUUUCGAAUUGUGAUUGUUCAUCAUCAAUGGAUCAAUUAGGUUAUGCAGGAGAAUUAUAUCGAGGUGCUCAACUUGAUGAACAAACUAUUGAAUCAUAUAGACAAUCUGUUGGUCAAACUAAAACAUGGAAUGCAUUUUCAUCAACUAGUAAAAAUCGGAAAAAAGCAGAAAGUUUUGGUAAUGUUCUAUUCAUUAUUAAUCGUGAUAAAUCAACAAGAUAUCGUUUUUCUGGUAUGGAUAUAUCAUCAAUUUCACAUUAUCCAGAAGAAGAAGAAGUAUUAAUUCGAGCAGCAAGAAACUUUACUAUUGAAAAAUUUGAAAGAGAUGAUCUGACAGGAAAAUAUCGUAUUUUUUUAUUACUUCAUUAA